GUGCCCUUCAUUGCAUACAGGUCUUGCAGUUCGUUCUAUGCUCGAAAUGACCCUCAGAAGGAUUGAGGAAUUAUACACUCGCACACUGGGCUGAGGUCCGAGCGCGGAGCUCACCAGCAACCCGCGUCGAAGGUCGAACGACAGCUGUCAAGCCGGCGGAGGUUAAGUGGCAUGGGCUGUCCGCGUUCUGUGGCUCUCGAUGCCCGCAGCUUCUCCUCCUCCUCCUCCGCGUCACCUCACGCCUUUCAACUACUAUCACCCUACCGCGCCAACAUGCCUUGUCAAUCCUCCCUCCCCAAGGCGGAGAGCGCUGUUAUCGACCUCCUCCUCUCGCACAUCAACGCGAAUUGUCCCCAACUGGGCGCCGAGAUACUGCGCAUACCCGAAGAGGCCCUGGUCAAGGCCAUUGUCACCGACAUCCAGAACGCCUCUGACUGCUUGGGUCUUAUCGUGCUGCGCGCUGCAUUGAGCACUUUUGUGGGUAUCAAGUAUCCCAACGAGUCGUUGUCGUGGUAUGCGACCGUCGUGAACGCGCUCAGUAGUCGGCUCGUCCGCCAACUAGUCAUCGUCAAGCAGGGCAUCUUUCGUGGAGCACUGCCCAAAGAGAACAAGACCGUGGCGAAUACUUUCAGCACCUUCGUGUGCGCUUACUGGCGCCACUAUGGGACGAUGGAGACGAUAGAGAUGAUUGCCCGCGUAUACAAGGACAGCCUGGAGGCUGCAGGGCUGGCCAUCCUCGCACUCGAGUUCGGCCCCGGAACGCUCCCAAGCACCUUCAACAUUGGCCGCAAUCCUUCGAAGACUCCUACCGCUGGAACCGUGGCCGCUAUACGAGCUCUCUAUGCGUUGAGGCUAUCUCCGUCGCAAGAAGCGAGCUUCGACUUGCGCCCCGACGCAGUCGCUCCGCCGAUCGAUCUGUACGCACUACGAGUGUAUCAAGGCAUGCACUAUCUUGGCAUGUUCGUCACGCAAGUUCUCCUCGAGGCAUGGCCAGAUGCUCCCUCGAAGAUGGUAGAGAUUCUGAGUAAAGAUAUUCUCAACCAGAAUGUACUGCACCACAUCCCCCAUCUCCUGCAUCACGUCCCCCGUCUGCAUGCCGAUGAUCACUUGCUUGUAUAUCAAUGGGCAAGCCGCUACGUGGAUGGGUCUGCAUUUGAUGGCGGCCCUAUCCGAGAACUCGCUCGUGUCAUGUUUCUGCCUAUGUUCGAGGCCGCGCGGGCCGCCUGUUUCCCAUUUUAUCUUGCGAAUGCUGCGAUCCCUCGAGACAAUGCACCGAAGAUCGUCAUGACCGCGGCUUACCAGCAGAUCGAGCUCUACUGGAUCGAGUCCAAGGUUCUGCGCCUCUACCAGCCCCUGGUUCCUGACGUGGCCAUAGUGGACAACCUGCAAGAUCUCGUAACCGCCUACGAAAUGGACGGAACGGUCACAUAUGACGACGCCGAAAAGCCUGAUGACUUGUUGAAGGAAGUUCAGCUUGCUCGCGAAGCGGCGCCUCGUCCACGACCAAGCUACGUUCAUGUGAUUGCGCACGGCUAUAACACGACAGACCCUGUCCUCCUGACACGAUUGGCGGAGCGCUGUGCUGCAAAGUUCCCCACAGGCUCGAGGUUUCUGCGCUUGUCGGCAGGUCCAGACGGCAAGCCCAAUGGCGGCGCUAUCUUCCAGAUUCAUGACAGUACUGAGUUUGACUACUUCCGGGAGAGAGAUUCGGCGGGUCCUUUUAGAUUGGAUGACUUGGAUAUCAUGCUCCGUAAAGAGAGACCUGUAAUCUUCGACGCUAUGAAGGGAUACUCGGCACGAAUGCGUAGCCUGGUCACUAGGUCUGUCAGCGACGAUACCCUUCGAGCCCGCGGUAUCUUGGGCUAUAAAUGCUACCUCGUCUUGGAUCAUGACCCACUUCUGCCGCGCUCUGGCUACCCAUACUCUACACUGGUCUUCGGUCACCCGAUCCCUAUCUUGACGCAGCCAAAUACGGACCACGGUUACGCGGCAGACAGCAGGAUCCCGAUCGUGCCCUGCUGCGGCGUGCAGUUCUGUGCGAAUGACAGACGCAAGACGAUCUCUCGGAGAAUAGAGUUCGUCUUCAAAGGAAGCGACAAGUGGGACGUGCUGAAGUACGACGCAAUGAUGGACGGCGAGUCGCGCGUCCUCAUCAUCUGCAACCGGACACUCCCCCAGUCGUUCGUCGACAACCUGAACGCCACUCGUCCGAGGCUGCAGAAUGUGGAAGGCAUUUGGUCGUUCAUCCCCGCGGGGGAGUUGCAACUUCACGUCAUUCGCAUCACCAGGCAGAAGGCGGGAAAGGUCAUCUUCUCGCCCAACUCCAACGCCCCGCGACGGGGAGUCAAGCGCCCCAGAGCGUAGAUGAGCACAGGCGGGCCCAAUUCUCCGCUCUACUCUUGUGUUUCUAUCUGGACCGAAGGAUUUUGAUCACAAUACCGUUUAUAUAAUGCGCGGCGCAGGCCGCCGAAUCGUGUACUGUACAAGGCUUGUUGUAACUAUCAGCGCCGGAUACCUUUUCCUCGAAUGAUACCACUUUGCGACACCCCCAUCACACUGUAGCCAUU